ACAAACUUGGAAAAAUGGGUGACAGCAACGAACAAAAGGCUUUGCAAUUAAUGCAAGACGCUGAAAAGAAAUUGAGUCAGCAAAAGGGAUUUUUCGGUAAUAUUUUCGGUGGCUCCAACAAGGUGGAAGAGGCCAUUGAAUGCUAUCAGCGGGCAGGAAAUAUGUUUAAAAUGUCCAAGAACUGGACAAAGGCUGGUGAGUGUUUUUGCGAAGCUGCCGCUUUGCAUGCCCGAGCCGGCAGCCGUCAUGAUGCUGGCACCAAUUAUGUGGAUGCCUCUAAUUGCUAUAAGAAAAUCGAUGUGGAAAUGGCCGCAAAUUGUCUCCUAAAGUCCAUCGAUAUUUACACGGACAUGGGUAGAUUUACCACGGCCGCAAAACAUCACCAAAGCAUUGCCGAGAUGUAUGAAAGCGAUCCCAAUACACUGUUGAAGGCCAUUGAACAUUAUGAAAAGGCUGCGGACUAUUUCAAGGGCGAAGAGUCGAACAGCUCGGCCAAUAAGUGUUUGUUAAAGGUCGCCCAGUAUGCUGCACAAUUGGAGGAUUACCCGAAGGCAAUUGAACUGUACGAACAAGUUGGUGCAUCGGCCCUGGAAUCUUCACUGCUCAAGCACAGCGCCAAAGAGUAUUUCUUCCGGGCUGCUUUGUGUCAGCUGAGUGUAGAUGUCUUGAAUUGCCAACAUGCCAUGGAGAAGUAUAUACAAAUGUAUCCAGCAUUCCAGGACUCGAGGGAAUUUAAAUUGGUCAAAUCGUUGUGUGAGCACUUGGAGGAGCAAGACAUUGAAGCCUUCACUGAGACGGUGAAGAAUUACGACAGUAUUUCACGGCUUGAUCAAUGGUAUACCACUAUACUAUUGCGGAUUAAGAAGGCUAAUGAUGAUAAUCCUGAUCUCUGUUAAGUAUAUUCCCCCGUAUAUAUACAUACAUACAU